AUGGCGCGGCGAUAUGAGAUCGAUGAGCUGUUAUGGCUGCGCUCAUCGCCUCUUGUCGUAAAACCCCCUGGCCUGCCUCCUAUCGAAGAUUGGAUGCCUCAACCCGACCCAACCACCCAGCGCAAACAACAGAAUACUCGAGAUCCUAACAAUCCAUCUGAAACAACUACCAACCGACGCCCAAGCUUUUUUGAAGCUCGUCACAUCUCCCGAGGCUCCAAUUCAGGUGCGCCGUCCUCCGAAGAUAUCAUUCUUGGACCUCCAAAGACCGCAUUUGCAUCAUCACGAAUCGGCGGUAAAGGCUCGUUCGACCUGACAGAUCGACCCGCGCGACCAAGCGAGACAGAGGAGAAGAACGACCGAUUCAACUUCCGAGAUAGAUUUUUCAAAGAUAAGGAAGGCGCAGAAAAGGAAGCCGACCGACGUGAUGGAAAGCCGGUUUUGAAUGGCCGACGUGGGGAAAGGGAGGACUGGAAUGCUGGACGCCCUCGCCGCACUUUCGGCCCCGAGGAUCCAGAACGCAAGCCGCGACGCAAUGGAGAGUUUGACCGUUGGGAAAAUCGUGAGACCCCUCGAGAUCCCAAUGGCGAACGUGGCCCUCGCGCAGAUAAAGAUCCUCGCUUUACGAAGAAAGAUGGCACCCCAGGACGGGGCAAAUUUGAUGGAAACUGGUUUCGUGAUGAGCAUGGCCAUGAUGCCGUCGAAGCCGAUGAUGAUAAAGCCUCGCUCCGUAACCGGGAAUGGCGUCGUGACCGACACGGCGCUGACCGCGACUGGACUCGCGGUACUAAGAUGGAACAAGAGCCUGAAUGGUUGGACAGCAAUGACCGCGACGAGCCACGACGAGCACAUACCCAGGAAGAUUUUGAACGCUGGAAGGAACGCAUGAAGGCUGGUUCUGGCACUGCGCAGCAGCCCCCGCCUUAUGAAGAGAAGAGAGAAGUAGUAGAAGAACCACACCCUGCUUCACAGAAACCCGAGACUCGUCCAACAGACGGCGAGAUUUUCAGUCACUCGGGCACUCAAUUCUUGUCCGAUAACUCGAUGGAGCGGUUCUUCGGCAUGCUAGGUGAUCCAAAGCCUGCGCCUCAGGAGAUUAUUAGCCCGCCAAUUCCCGUCGAGACUCCCAAGAAAGAGGCUCUCAGUGGAAAGCAUGGCAAGUCCUCUCGGUUUGCCGGUCUGUUCAGCCCUAUCCCGGAUAGCCCUGCUAGAGCACCCGAGCCACAGCCUGUCCCCAGGGCCCAGAGCGGUGGAACCCCAGUCAAUUCCAAUGACGCUGAUCAGGAAGGCUUCCAACGAAUCCUUCAAAUGCUUGGUGGUGGCGGUGGUGCUGCCGCUGCCGUUGCCGCUGCCGCCGCUACUGGUCGAUCCCACAAUGCCACACCCAGCCAGAUUGACGCGCGUGCUGCCGCAUUGGGUCACCCAGAGCAGCAACACAUUGCUUCGCACAUGUCGUCUCCAGCGAUCUCGCGACAUGGAUUCACCAGCCCUCCAGUCCCAGAAAACCCCAUGGCUCAGUUUGCAGGAAAGGACCCCCAGGCGCGUGACAGAGAGCAUCUGCUUCGCCUCAUGCAACAAGUUCGAGUUGGCCCUCCCCCUGCUGGUAACCCAGUUCAGUCCCCCAACGCAGGACCUGGGCCCCCUCCUGGUCUCAUGCCGGAAAUGAUGCCUCGUCCUCCUCCUGGACUUACUCCUCAAAAGGGACCCAACUUUUUGGACGACCCCGCAAUCGCAAACAUGCAGCGUCCUGACAGUGAGCAACUCCGCCGACGAGCUGCCAAUGGACCCCCCAUGGGUUACUUCGAUGAAGUACCCUUCCCCCAGGGAAACCAAGGUCCUAUGACCCCCGGAGGCUCCCGUCAUCCUCAGGGCCCUGGUCAACCCCAAAUUCUGCAGCGUCCACCAGGUCUUGAACACCUACCCCCUCCUGGAUGGAGCGGUCAGACUCCGCCUCAGCAUGGCAACGGACCGAGUCCAAUGGGACCUCCACCUGGAAUCCCCACUGCCGGCCGCGGCAUGAACCCUGGUUUCCCUCCAGGUAUGAUGCCUAUGCCUGGCAACGUUAUGCCUGGCAACCCUUUCCUCGUGGCCCCCCCUCCGGGCAUGUUGCCUCCCGGAUAUAUGGGCGCGCCCCCGCCACCUGGAUUUCCCCCAAUGCCACCUAACCCAGAGGCAAUGAUGGGGCUCGGCCCUGGCAGCCAAGGUCCAUUUGGACCCGGCAACCCUCCUGGUCCCCAGGGACCUCCUCCAUCCUCUCGCCAUUUGCUGGAGAUGUUUGGUCAGUCUAAUGGAGGUGAUGUUCGCGGUGGCAUGGUUGGUCCUGGCCAUUUCCGCUAA